AUGAAGAACAAGGCAGGCAAGCUGAAACUCAAGAGGAAAGGAGCCACGAACGUCUUUGGCUGUGAGCUGAGUGAAUAUCUGGAGACUUCUGGACAAGAUGUUCCUAUAGUACUGAAGAACUGCGCAGAGUUCAUUGAGACUCAUGGAAUUGUGGACGGAAUCUAUCGGCUUUCUGGUGUGACAUCCAAUAUUCAGAAACUGAGACAAGAGUUUGGUUCAGAUCAAUGCCCAGACCUGACUAGGGAAGUUUACCUACAAGAUAUUCACUGUGUUGGAUCACUUUGCAAGUUAUACUUCAGGGAACUACCAAAUCCUCUUCUCACAUAUGAACUUUACAAGAAAUUCACGGAAGCAGUCUCAUGCUUCCCUGAGAAAGAGCAGUUGGCCCAGAUUCAAAAUGUUAUCCUGGAACUUCCACCAUCACAUUAUAGGACCCUGGAAUACUUAAGCAAACACCUGGCACUUCUGGCUUCCUUCAGCAGCAUGACCAACAUGCACACUAGGAACCUGGCUUUAGUGUGGGCACCUAAUCUCCUUAGAUCAAAGGAGAUUGAGGCGGUGGGCUGCAAUGGAGAUGCAGCUUUCUUGGAAGUGCGAGUCCAACAGUUGGUGAUAGAGUUCAUAUUGAACCAUGUGGAUGAGAUCUUCAGUGACAACGUUUGUGUCAGGCCAAAGGAUAAUGAAGAGAAUAAACCUGUGAUGAAGAGCCUAACUUUAUCUUCCACCUCUCUGCCAAUGAAGCUGGUGAGCUUGGAAGAAGCUCAGGCCCGAAGCCUCUCAGCCUGUCACCCUGCCCGCAAAGAACGAAGGGAGAACAGCUUGCCAGAAAUUGUUCCAGCCACAGGCUCCUUUUAUCAUACCGUCCUUGAUCUACCAGACAGCAAGAGAAAAUUAUCCACAAAGUCCAAGAAAUGGAAGUCUAUUUUUAAUCUGGGGCGGUCAGGAUCAGAAGCUAAGACUAAACUGAGCCGCAAUGGAAGCGUGUUUGUUCGAGGACAAAAAGUCUCUGAGAAAGCAACCAUUCGACCAGCUAAAAGCAUGGAUUCACUUUGUUCACUUCCAGUAGAAGGAGAGGAUGAAAAAAGUCAUUUCAAGCGCACAAUCGUGACUGGAGGGUUUUUUGUUCCAGUGAUGAAACCACGAGUGGGAGGACCUAGCAGCUCAAUUGAUCUCAGCAAACAGGACACAGAGUGGGAUCUCAAAGGUGCCAUGAAAGGAGCAGAGGGAGGAGCAGAGGACAAUGCAGAGAACCAUAUUCCACAGCCAAUCCAAAUGAAACCACUUCCUGAGCAACUGAAGGUAUUCCGCCCCAUUGAAGACCCUGAGAAUGAGCAAACGUCCCCAAAGAUGUGCCGUAUGUUCUAUACUUCAAAUGAUAGGACACCCAAUUUGGGAUUCCAUGGGACACUAUUCCCCCUGGAAGCAUCUCCCCGUCACCAACAUAAAGCCUUGAAUAUCUCAGAGCCCUUUGCUGUCUCGGUGCCCCUUCGAGUAUCUGCAGUCAUCAGUAUCAACAGUACACCUUGUCGUGUGCCUGUUAAAGACAAAGCAGCUUUCUCUGGCCUUCAAGAAUGUUCUUUUCUGGGAAAAGAAAGUGCUGUCUCUUUAGUCCCUGAAGAUGACAACCAUGACCAAUUAGAGCAUAUUACAGUAAAGGAAGAAAAGAAGUCUGAGUCCAAAUCCAUAACAGGUAAGCUUAGAAUAAGGAUUGAUGAUGUUCCAGGAGAUGUUGAACAACUUAUCUCUAGCAUGGCAAAUGAUCAAAAGUAUGAGAUUUAUAAUCCAACAACAUUUGAUUCUACUAUUGAGAAAAUUGCCAUUGUUAAGAAGCUGGAGUCUGUAAGUAUCCCUCAAGCAACAGUGGAGACAAUGAGUGGUGGCAACAACUGCAGCCAACCUUUAAAAGAUAAGUUCCCCCUGGAACAGAACCCCCUGGUUAUAAUCUCUGCAAGCCAGCAGCAGACAGAUAAAGCAAGUCAAGACCAGUUUGAGGCUAAGGACAUAUCAGAACAAAUUUGCUGGCCAACGGAGCCAUCAAUAGAUAAAGCAGAAGAUAAAUCACAUCUAAAGGAAUUGUUUACUGGAAGUACUCUAAAGACAGACGAACAACAACAGGAGUUUAAACCAAGUCUUACAUCUAUUGUAUCUUCAGAAGCCAAGAGUUUAGUGUGUAGUUCUCUUCUGCUACCUACCCCUGCCAAAGAGGAAAACCUAAUUGGAGAUCCAUUGGCUAUAUCUGACAUUCUUUCCAAAGAAUCAAAAGAUGUACAACUUUACAACUCUGAGCCAUUCCGAAAGCAGAGUAAUAUUUCCUUCACCUCAAUGAAGCGGCAAAAUAUUCCAUGUUCAAAAAAUUGUCUACAAGAUGAUAACACUAAAAAUGACCUCCCAUCUCAAUCCCAAAACUGGAAGUUUCCAUCAGAAAUAGAAGAAAACACAGCUUUUUCAACAGACAGUUCAUCAUAUUCCAAAGAAAAUAAUUUAGACCAGCCAGAAUGUGAAAGUAAGAAUUGGCUUCUUCAAAGGGAGAAAAAAGUUGAAACAACAACCCCGUUAGAAAAAAUCAGUGACACAAAUUCAGAGAGAGAUCUAGCCAAUUCAAAGAUUCAAUGUGGAACUGAAGUCCCAUGGGUCAAAGAGGGCAGAAUGAAUGAUCAACGGGAGGAAGAUACACGGAAUAACCAUGUCCAUAGUUUAGAAUUGCUAGAGCCAUGGGAAGAUCAUCAGUGGGUCACCAGUCCCCUUCAUUCUCCUACCUUGAAAGAAACUCAAGGAAAGGCACUUCAGGAGUUUCAGCCACAGAACGAAGGAAUGAUCCAAAGUCAUUUCAAGAAACCAUGUUUCAGUCGUAGCUUUUCCUUAGACAGCAAAGAUUUUUUGAAAACUCAUUGGGCUAUAGAAAUACCUUUAACAAAUGCAAAUGAGGAACAGCUUUGUGGUGACCUAGAACAAGGAAUGAAGGAAUAUUCACCAGGACAGUGGAAAAAAAGUCUUCAGAAAGCUGAAGCCUGGCUGAAUUGUUUAAAGGAAACUUCAAACUCACAUGAAACAAACAUGAAAUAUCUAAGUCAUGAAGCAGGCUUUGCAGCAACAAAGUUGCCUUCUGGUCUUGAAGGAUUGCCUAAUGUUGCCUGUAAAGCAUUGGUUGAGAAGGAUGUGCCUAAAGAUGAAAAAAAACAAGAAAACAUGAAGCUAGAUUCUCCUUUGUCACAAUUUAAUACUGAGAUCAGUUUAUUAAAUUCAAACUGCACAGGAAAGCAGGCAACUAAUAUUCAACUGAAUGACAGACCUGGAGUUCCUAUCAUGAAAGGACCAUAUUGUACUAAAGAGCUGCAGAUCAAUAAAAGUGAAGACAUUCCAUGUAAAGGAAAGCCAAGACCCUCUUCUCUCAACCUGGAUUCUGUCCUUCCACUUGCCAGCCUUUUUAAUUUUGACCACUUGUCUUUCCCCUCUUCACCCAGGCACUUUCUCUGUGGGCAGAAAGAAACUAAAUCUAGUGAUUCUGCACCAUCCCUUUCUGUUGCUUGUCCAAGUGAAAAUAAAGCUGACCUUUGGGGAUCACACUUUGAUCCUCAAGACUUAGACUUAGAAUACAUAAUGAUGGCUCAUGCUACCACUGGCCGUCGUAAUUCUGCCCCUGUAAGUGUUUCAGCAGUAAGAACAUCUUUCAUGGUUAAGAUGUGUCAGGCUCGAGCUGUGCCAGUGAUUCCACCAAAGAUUCAAUAUACCCAAGUUCCCCAGCCUUUGCAGACACAAAACCCCAACUGCAGAAUCUCACUGGCAUCAGAGAAUAAAGAAGCAGAAGUCAAGAAAAGUCUAAUCAAGCCAAUUCAAAAUGCUCAGGGUCAGCUGCAGCUCCCAAAGAGUCCACCACUCGAUGGGAUGGGAAAAGAAAACAACAGUACAUUCAUUUUGGAUUCAGCUGCAGCUAGAAAAGCAGAACCAUCUUUUUCCAAUCAUAAUAAUACUCAGGAUGCACCAGUUCUUCGGCGAAAGAGAACCUCUGAAGGAGAAACUACUGGAGAUCCUCCACAGUCCUCAAAAAUGGAGAGGCCAUCUGGGGUUUCAAAGCCUUCUUACAGAUCUAGACCAGGAAGACCUCAAAGCCUUAUUCUAUUUAGUCCACCCUUUCCUAUCAUGGACCAUCCCUCUUCUGCAGACUCUAGAGUAUUGUUAUCUCCCAUAAGAAGCCCUACACAGACCCCUUCUCCAAGUCCAAUUUCCAAUGAUUUAUUAGGACCAGCCCCAGAGGGUGUCACUCUUCGUAACAAGAUGACUAUUCCAAAGAAUGGCCAAAGGCUAGAGACAUCUACAAGUUGCUUUUACCAACCACAGAGAAGGUCUGUAAUUCUGGAUGGAAGAAGCGGGCGUCAGAUAGAAUAAUGUCUUUCCAUUUCUCUUCCCUGGUGGAUGAGAUAUACUAAUAACACUGAGAACUAUGAAUAUGAUGCUAUUAUUGCUAAAUGCUUAUUACUAAAACAGUAAUUGUUGAUUUCAACAAUCCUUAAUUUUAUAUUUUGUCACAUUUAAUAGAUGAAAUUAUCCCACAGGUGAAAACAAUAUUUUACUGCAAGGAAAGGCAGAGGUAAAAGUUGUCUAGAAAUGUAUUCCUUUAUAAGAUGCUGUAAUGCUUCAGCUUCCCACCAACAGAUACCAAUCAUCUCAGCUAAUGUUCCUUUCCAUGAUCUUGCUUAUUGCCUUCCUAUAGUGUUGAAAUGCUAUGUAUUUGGGAUUUCUGUCGAAGUAUGUAUUAAGAACAGCAGACCUGCUCCAUGUAUCUAUAUACAGACCUACAAGGAGCAUUGUAAAAAGAAAAAAUGUGCACACUGGUCAUUCAAAUAAGUGGGGAGAGGAAUGCUGAUGUGUUUGAGUGAAACCUAUUUUGAUAAGCUUUUAUUAUUAAAAACACCAAUUGUAUCUUACAUUUCUCUAAAUGUCUGAUGGACUUUAAUAUUGAUUUUAGAAAAUUGUACAAAUAGUCAUACAGUAUAAAAUACCUGCUCUGUCAGUGAUUGUAAGAUUUAUUAAUGUAAUAGUAGGGAUUGAACUCACUCCAAAUGAUUUUCAUCCUCCUCCAAAAGCAUUAAUUUGCUAUCUCUGUAACAGUGUCACUUUUGGUAGCUGCUAAAUGGAGUGAUAGGGCAGUCAUAAUAAGCUUCAAUCCAUUUAUUAGAACAUCAUGAUGUUUAUUGAAGACAUUAUAAUAUGAUUUUCUCUACACCAGCCUCAGUGUAACUGCUUUGCAAAUGAGACUGAAUUUAAGUUGCUACUCAACUUACUCAACAUCAGGUCAAUAAGUGGCACAAACUAAAUUUCAAUUAGUAAAUAAAUUCCAGCCCAAAUGUCUGGUUGCAAGUCAUUAAAGCAGAAUUGAGGGCCUGAAGAUCUUUCAAGAAUGACUCACAUGUGUUAGAUUUGUUUUCUCAUUGAUUCUCAGUAUCAUAGUCUAGAAGCACAUUUUCACGAAACACAGUUGAACUACAGCUAGGGCAGAAAAUAUGUAGACAAGUGAUGUUGUGAAUGUUGGUGUACAUAUAAAAUGCUGAAAUAGCAUUUAUUGUAAUUUCACUAAUACUUAUUUUGAUACAUGUAUUUCUACCUAGAAUUCCAACUUUGAUUUUAAGAAUAAGUUGCUUCACAUAACAAAAUGAGUACCUUUUACUUAUGAAGUCUAUUAUAAGUCCCUAGGUUUUUUUUAUUUUUCAAUAAGAUAUAUGUAAGACAGUUUGAAAUAAUAGCAAAAGAGGAUUGGCAGUUCUAAAACAUUGUGGUUCUCUGUUUAUAACAGAGAAAUGGGUGACACUGUCUUUAUUUGCACAUUGUUAUUAAUAUAAAACCAUAUUUCUGAUUUAAUCGAAGAGAAAUUUAGCUGAAGACAGUUUGGAUGCUAUGGAUUUUUACGAUUCAUUUUGAGAAUAAAUCUGUUUCUCUAUUUUGGGAAACAUGGAACAAGAGGUUCUGCUUUUUGCAUGCUUGGAUUUGGUCAAGGCUUGGUAUGCUGCUUAUAAGAGUUGGCAAAGAAGGGAAAGAAAAAAACGAGGUGCACUUUUUUCCCCUUGUCGUGUAAUGCCCAAGGACAGAAGGAAGUUCACUGAGGACUGUCAUUUUUGGUGGAAGAAAGAAUAGGUUAAUGGAAUGAACAGAAUGCUGAAUUAGAAGGAAAGUUGUUAAUACAUUAUACCAUUUCUGGGAUAACAAAAAUAAGUCACUUGCUCAUUGAAGAAAGAUUUGCAGUACUCACCUGUGGGAUGGUUUGUUCUUUUGCUUAAGUAAUGCCUAGGAUUUGCUUUAAGCAAUGUAUAUUGGCUGUUUUCCUGGUGACAGAUAUAUUUUCUAAAAGUGUGCUAUAGAAAUAUAUUAAAAUCUAAUUAAGACCUAAGAAGUUGUGCAUCUCUGAAUCUUGGACAAAACCAGUGUUUAGAAAUUAGUCUUUGUUAUAAAUUCCUCUUGUAUAAGCUUCCCACACUUUUGAUAGAGAAAGAGCAUCAAUUGCUCAGUCCACUAGCCAUGGAGUCUGCCCUUCCUGAUCUUUUCCCCUGAAAUUGUUCUUCAUAUCAACACAGGAUUUUACCAACUAUUGCUAAGCUUAUCUGAAACAGAUCUUGCUGAAAAACAGUAAAUCUGCCAAUUAUUUCAUGACAAUUGUCCCUGUAGUGAUGGCUAAGAGUUGUGUUUAUGAGAUGAGAGAUGUGAACAAGAAGUUAGGAAGGUGCUUGUAUAUCACUCUGCAUCCUUAGCACUGUUUUGCUUCAAUUUCUUGUCAGAUUCAAUUCUUGGAUGUGUAAACAUACACACGCAGACACACACAAUUUCAGUUGAGAUUGGGGACAUGGGCAAUUCUUUAAAACUGAUGGAAUUCUUCUUCCAUUGUGUUCUAAAUAAGGCCUAACUUUGGGGGGUUUAGGAGUGAGGAAAAGGUAAGGGCUGAAUUUGAUUUUUCAGUGGCAUGCUGAGAACAACACUCCAGAAGUUAGAUCAAGGAUAAAAAUAAAAUAAAAUUGAUUUCAUUUAAUUCAAACGUGGAUUUGGUUAAUGCUUUUUACAUGUAUUAAAUGAAAAAAAUGUUCUCAAGCAUUUUAUAAUUUUCUUCCUCCUUUCAUAGUAUUAAUUACAGCUUGUUGGCAACUUUUGAAGGCUCACAUCCACUGUAGUCAAAGCAUUCAAGGGCUCUGUAUGGCUGUAAGGUCUCAAGCUGUGCAUCUUUGCUGUAUAUGAAAAAUACUGUAUGCCAUGUUAGAUUGUUUAUAACAUUUUAACUGUAACUUUUUAAGAUACAAGUGUACUUUUUUCAACAUUUUGUUUCUGAUAAUUUUAUUAAAACAAAACAAAUUUAAACUGAGGAUAAAUCCCUGUUCCUUGCCACCCCUUCCUCUCCCUGAAGAAAUUAUGAAUUGGUUUUUCCUAUUGCUUUUAAUUUGAGAGGGGGGAACCAAGUCCAUUACUGUGAGGUCUGAGCUUUGUAUGAAUGCAUUGAAUUUCAUUUAAUCAUCAUGAUGAAUAUUGUUUUCACGGAGUGCUGCUCUUCUAUUUUAGUGCUUUCAUCAUUUGGAAAUUUUGCCAAGUCUCAACCAUGAGAUUAAAC